AGAGGAUGAAGUGAUAUGCAUGUUAUGUGCUAGCAAUUGAGGAGCAAGCGAGCUGGCAUUUGAAUGAUAUAGGGCAUUUUAGCGUCUUGUUCUCGCCAUGGCUAAGCUUAGCGCCAUGCCGGCCCAGGAUACGGCACGGUCGGCAAAGGAUGACCGAGAAGCUCCGGAAACGUGCGCAGCGGCGCACCCGGUGAGCUCUGCUCCAGCAGUCGUCCUUUUCAACGAUGCCCGCACGGCCAUCCAAGAAAGCAUCUACGCCAUCCUUGGACACGGCAACUUCCAGCGGCGCCUGCUCUUCACCGGCAUGUUGUCCGUGGUGGUGGUGCUGCUACACGCGUUCGCCCACUUCUGGAUUGGCCGCGACGUGGACCACUGGUGCCGGCCGCCGAGCGAACUCAGCGGGAUGUCCAGAGAGGCGUGGAGGAACGUGGCCAUACCCCUUGAGGCUGACGGCAGCUUCAGCCAGUGCACCGUUUACCACCCACCGUUGCCGAUGCCGCAAAAUUCCGAAGAGGUGCGCCGCGUGGUGCCGUGCCGCAAGUGGGAUUACGACACCAGUGACGCCAGCGACAGCAUCGUGAGCCGGUGGGACCUCGUCUGCAAUAAGCGCUGGCUCCACAAGUUCACCACCAUGGCCAACAUGCUGGGAGCUGCAUUGCUCGUGCCGGCCGCCGGGUUCGUAUCCGACAGGAUCGGCCGCCGGCUGGUGAUCAUGGGCAGCGUGCUGUGCCUCCUGGCAUUUAGCGUAGCCUGCAGCUUGGCGCAGACAUUCGUCAUGUUCCUGGUGAGCCGUUUCUGCAUCUCCGCGUCCAGCUGCUCGGUUCAGGUGCUCAUGUUCAUCCUCAUCUACGAAGUGACUGGCAACCAGAACCGGGCCACGUACGGCGUCCUGGACACAGCGGUGGGCACGACGCUGGUUCCACCGGCUUUGCACGUGCUGUCUUUGCUGGAGCCACAUUGGCUCAUGGCACACUUGCUCCUGCUGCUGCCUACGUUGAUGCUGUUCCUCUGGUGCUGCCUCCUCGACGAGUCCCCCAGCUGGCUUCUCUGCACGGGACAGUCUCGCGCCGCGGAGAUGGCGGUCGUGGCAGCGGCGACUAGCAACGGCUUGAGCGCGGACAAGGCGCGAAAUUCCUUCAGAGCGCUCACAUCACAGAUCCAGAAGCGUGAGACCGCUAACCUAUACAACAUGCCCAUCGCGAGCACCGAGACGUUCCUGCACGAGCCGGUUUUUCGCUGGGGCGUCCUGUCGGUGCUACUGUCGUGGUUCAGCGUGAAUCUCGCCUACUACGGUCUCGUCCUUCUGAACGUCACGACCAGCAACUUCUGGCUCACAGUGCACACGGUCGUCCAGGCGUCGCUCUACGCGAGUGUCUGCUGGUACAUCAGCAACCACGGACAGCGCGAGACGCUCUCCAUACUGCUCGCGUUUCUGUGCGCCUCCGCCGUCGCGCUUGCCGCCGCCUCUGUGGCGACGGCGUCACCGCUUUCAUCCGCAGUCGGCGUCGUCGUCGAGAGCCUUGCAUCCGCUGCGCUAAGUGUCAACUACGGCUACACGGCGGAGGUUUUCCCCACAACUAUACGGAGUUUGGGGCUCACCACCUCGUAUGCGUUCGGCCGCAUGGGGGUCAUCACGGCCUCGGUCAUCGUGGUGCUAUGGGGCGGUCCCAGCGAAGCCGGCAUGCCGCUCAUCGUGGUGGUGGCUUUCUUAGCUUUGUUGAGUGGGGUUUUCAUCCAGUGGCUGCCAGAGAUUUUUGCCGAAAGAAAGGAACAGCAUUAUCAUCAGAGUGAAAAAGAACGCAAGGAAGCUAUCCUGACUUCACUGGCGUCCACCACCAAGCCAGCUAAGCGGUCCAAGGAAUCUCAGCAAAAGUCUUCAGUAUCGCUCGGUUCGACAACGUCGAAGGUCCAUCCUUCAGUGAAUUGUCAGGCGACACACCUGUAAUGUUAACACGCCUGCAUUUAAAGAACAGGCUAUUAUAUUUUUAUAUUUUCCCCUAUUUAUUGUAGUUUAACGGCAGGUUGCUUUUUUACUGAGUUCAUCUUUUGUGAACCUUUUUUUGUGCACUGUGCAUUGGUGUUUUUAUGGAGCUAUGAGACUCUCAUUGAUGAAGUGUUUUCUGGUGUGCGUUGACUCCUGACAUGUGAUUGCGUGUCAUCGCACAAGUGAACAAUAAGACACUCCGGCAUGUCUACUUUCUUUCAGAUUCGUUCAUUCACCUUUUCCGAUUAGACUAGGCCUCUACCCAAGGUACUUAUAUUGCGAGAUCCUUGCUGGAGAAGUACAUGGAACAAGCGUGCACAUAUCGUAGUGCUGACAACUGAAAGCCACGAAUAUAGAGAAAAACGAUAGUUGUGAAUAUUGCCCAUUCACGGUAAUGUUAUCGCUCAAGUUCCGCUCAAGUGCUUCACGGCUUUGCGUAAGUCGGUAACAUUCCUUGUAUUAAGCGGCUUUCGUAAACGUGCCGUACAGAAAUUUGCACUGUUGUCGUCCAGGGAGCUCACAGCCACCUGAAACUUGAGAAUGCGUGCGCCUUCGCCAAACUGCAAGAGUUUUCUCGACAUGUAUGGAGCUCAGUUAGGAAAGUUCGUAGGACGAUACUUUAGGAAAAAGACGGCACACAGUAUCUCCACAUUUAGAUUUGAAAUGUUCACAACUUCGCUUACAAUUGCUGCGUGUGAGCGAUUGAUGCAUUUUCGAAUAUAACUUCGUGCCUGCUGGCUUCACUCCGAUUUUUAGAAUUUAACAAAACCUGACCAGUACCUAUGCAUGCUGACCGUUUGCUCUGCAUCUGUGGUUUCGUAAUGCGUGAGGGCUCAACUCGCGGAAGGCCAGUUCUUUCUCUAGGCAAAUAUAUCCGCUCCGUGCUGGCCCCCAAUUUGCGUUGCACGUGAAACGCAACCACGCCAGGUUUUAAAGAAUCAGGCAGAACGAUGACGUUCGCUUCCGACAAUAUUACGCCUAGGUCAGCUUGUAUAAUGGACAUGUAUUAAAGUGUCUCUUGGCAAUCAAACUGAUUUGUCCACUUAGAGCAAUGGGAACUCGUUUUCGAAAAAUAUAAAGUAGAUGAAAACCGCCGUGAUGAGAAUGGCUUUGCUUAAGGCUAGAAUUGGACAGCUUGCCGCUUACUGAACCAUCCUGGCACGCAUUGCGGCUUCGUCGGCAAGAAGGACGAACAUAAUCCGCUCCUGCUUGCUCUCUCUUGAACGUCUUGUGCAUCGGCGUAAUCUUCUGUAGUAAUUUACUCGUUAUGACAUUCAUAAAUUGCACACCAGGACUACGUAUGGCCCUGGAAGUUUGACGUUAUUACUAUGAGCAAAGUAGUAAUGCAGCGACACACCGUAUCGCCACCGCAUACACGGGUGAUGUAUGGAGAGUGCGUGCAGGCGGGCUCUUCUCUGGCGCUUCCAUCUGGACACGCUGCGUCUUUCAGCAACGCAGCCGCGAAGUCCGUGCGCGGCACUUGUGUGAAUACAACAUAUACAAAUGAUUGUCUGAUUAUAUAUGACUCGUGUUCUAUACCGCCUAGCACCGGAUAAAUUUUAAAUUUAAAUGCUUUUUGUCAUUG